AUGGUAAACACUAUUAUAACUACUACCCUACUAUUAACCUUAGCAAUCCUUAUGUGACCCCUUAUCACAACACUAAAUCCAAACCCCUUAAACCAAAACUGGGCCCUUAAGUAUGUAAAAACCGCUGUAAGUACCGCAUUUUUCAUUAACAUCAUUCCACUAAUUAUUUUCCUUGACCAGGGAACAGAAACCGUUAUCACUACCUGAAACUGAAUAAAUAUCAUAAACUUUGAUAUUAAUAUCAGCUUUAAAUUUGACCACUACUCACUAAUCUUCACCCCAGUAGCUCUUUACGUAACAUGAUCCAUCCUAGAAUUUGCAUCAUGAUAUAUACAUUCAGAUCCAUAUCUAAAUCGAUUCUUCAAGUACUUACUACUAUUUUUAGUAGCAAUAAUUAUGCUAGUUACCGCCAACAACUUAUUUCAACUAUUUAUUGGAUGAGAAGGUGUCGGAAUUAUAUCUUUUCUACUAAUUGGCUGAUGACAUGGACGAGCCGAUGCCAACACAGCCGCUCUCCAAGCCGUAAUUUAUAACCGAGUCGGUGAUAUUGGACUAAUUUUAGCAAUUGCCUGAAUUGCAACAAACCUAAACUCAUGAGAAAUCCCACAAAUUUUCCUGCUAUCAAAAAACUUCGACAUAACUCUCCCACUACUCGGACUAAUCUUGGCCGCCACAGGAAAAUCAGCCCAAUUCGGAUUACACCCUUGACUCCCCUCAGCCAUAGAAGGCCCAACCCCAGUUUCAGCACUACUCCACUCUAGCACAAUAGUUGUUGCAGGUAUUUUUCUACUCAUUCGACUACAUCCCCUAAUAGAAAAUAAUCAACUGGCCCUAACUACAUGUUUAUGCUUAGGAGCUCUAACAACCCUGUUCACCGCCACCUGUGCCCUAACCCAAAACGACAUCAAAAAAAUCGUAGCAUUUUCAACAUCCAGCCAACUAGGCCUAAUAAUAGUCACAAUUGGCCUAAACCAACCACAACUAGCCUUCUUACAUAUCUGCACCCACGCUUUCUUCAAAGCUAUGCUUUUCCUUUGCUCCGGAUCAAUUAUCCACAGCCUAAACGAUGAACAAGACAUCCGCAAAAUAGGGGGCCUACACAAACUAAUACCAUUCACUACAUCCUGUUUAACCAUUGGAAGCCUCGCACUCACAGGUAUACCCUUCCUAGCAGGCUUCUUCUCAAAAGACGCCAUUAUUGAAGCCCUCAAUACCUCCCAUCUAAAUGCCUGCGCCCUAGCCUUAACCCUAAUUGCAACAUCCUUCACUGCAGUCUAUAGCUUACGAGUAAUUUUCUUCGUAACCAUGGGCUCCCCCCGAUUCCCCGCCCUACCCCCAAUCAAUGAAAACCACCAGGCAGUGACUGCCCCCAUUGAACGCCUAGCCUGAGGAAGCAUUAUCGCAGGAUUAAUUAUUACUCUUAACUUCUUACCAACCAAAACCGCUACAAUAACCAUACCUCUGUCCCUUAAACUAGCAGCAUUAAUAGUCACAAUCCUUGGUCUUAUUAUUGCCCUAGCAUUAGCUACAGCUACCUCCAAACAAAUUAAAAUUACCCCAACCCUUAAACUCCACAACUUCUCCAACAUGCUCGGCUUUUUCCCUCCUAUUAUCCACCGCACAAUACCUAAAUUAAACCUAGUACUAGGCAAACAAUCCACCAAAUUUGACCGCCAAUGAUUAGAAAUUGGACCAAAAGGCCUACACCCACUACACCACUAUUUCUCAACACUCUUUGACAAAACUGAUACCAACAUCAUCAAAAUCUACCUAACUUUCUACUUAAUCUCCACAGCCCUAGUUAUCGCCCUCAUCUCCUCACUCUAA